GGCCUCACAACACUACGCAAUUAAAUAACAAUCAGCGGGAAAUCAUUUCAUCUGGACUUGACUCACAAGGUGACAGCCAAAUAAGAGAAGAAAAAGGAUGAUCAGCAGUUUCUGUAUAUGAGGAUCACAGCAAUGCAACCAUGGCGAACCAAUAUUAUAGAAAGGACAUCCAUAAGUCUAUAGAUAAACUACUCUACGGGCUCUAUGUGUACCAAUACCUACUGGACACAAGCACUCUCGGAUUGCUUCUUAGAUGUCUCUUGCAAGAUCAAAUACUAUCGCUCAAGACCAAGACCCCAACUUUACGUGUGGCUCUCUAUAUAGUGUUCGCAACUGCUUUUCUUGCCAUCCUCCGUCACUUGGAUCCACCUGGACGAUACGGUGUCAUUAUUGACUUUAUUGGAAAUGUCUCAUUACCAAGCCGCUCAAAGCUAUUGUGGCUAGAUAGCAUAAUCACUAUGUUGCAGAUCGUUCAGGCAUUGAUUUUGUUUGAAAUCCGUAAAAUAGAAGGAGGCUCAAGGAGAUAUGGCACAGCAAACCGACAACAAGCACGUAGGAGAGAACAAUCAUCCAACAGCAACAGCGAUGCUCAAAGUAAUAGACAACAACAUGAGACUGGUAUCCGAUCAUCUCAGAGUAGCAACGCCACACAACAACGGAGCAGUAGCUCAAGGACGCGGAUAGGCAUUACAUCUUCCUCGAGGAACGUAUCAUCAGUACAAGCAAACUCAGUUGCAUCUCAGUCGUCACCAUCACUGUUGUUUGAGCACACUUCAGAACGCGACGCCAACGACCGAGAACUAAAUAGUGAUUAUUAUGUAGAUGAUGAGGAGACGCGGCAUAGUCUAGAGCACUCAAGAGAAUCAACAGGGGAUAUUCUGAAUUCAACAACUUCAGAGGCGGAUCAUCGGAGCGGCAGCGAUAGCAAUGAAGAGGAGGAGGAUGAAGGGUUAUUGGGAAAUGACUAUGAAGAGGUCUUGGAGCAGGAGACAUUUAUUCUUCAGUUGGAGUUCCAUGAUGUUAUAUCCUAUCUAUUCUCGGGACAGGAGGCAAUUUCGAUGCCACGGAUAAGCAGUGCUAGAGCCAUUGCUGAUGGGGUAGAAUCGACACGCGUACAGAAUCUUCCGGUGUAGCUACACUGAUGAUCUGUAAGAUAAUGAAUCGAUGGACU